CAAUUAUCGAACUUCGAGAUUGAGAUGACAACUGCGUGUUUAAGCAGGUUUAAGUUUAGUAUCAAAUAUUCUGUGUACGGUGUUUUUUGCUAUAGAAGCAAUUUAUUUAUUUCAAACAAAAAAUUAAAUAAGUAUAAUUGAAAUGUCGAGAGAGCUUCGUAAAACAAUUCCACUUAUUGAUUGGUUUCGAACUAUUGGUCGGGGUAGAGAGCGUUUAGAGGCUUUAAGAUUCCCAGAUACUGUUGCUGCACGUACACAACCACCUCCGCAUGUACCUGGUGGGCCUUAUCAUAAAAUUUCAAAAAUAUAUUAUUACACUCGUGAUGUCAGACGUUCUGUACAACCGCCAUCUGAGAUAUAUACAGAAGGCCAGAUAGAAGCAGGGAAAAUCGAUAUGACUCAAGUAAAAUUAAAUCCAUUAAAUAAAAAGCUGAUAAGUGAAAAAUAAAUGCAAUAAAAUAAAUAUUAGUUAUACUUUGAUUGUAAUGUAUAAUAAAUACAGUUAACUUAAAUAGAAGUCUUACAUAUAAUCUUUAGUUAAUAUAAGAUACCUAUAAUUAAA